AUGUCUACCGCAUUCAUCCAGCGCCCCGCCCCGGCCUUCAAGGCCAUGACCGUGUUUGCCGGUGGAGAGUUCAAGGAGAUCUCCCUCUCAGAUUACAUUGGCCAAUGGGUCGUCCUUCUCUUCUACCCCAUGGACUUCACCUUUGUCUGCCCCACCGAAAUCAUCCAGUUCAACGACGCCCUAUCCCGGCGGCCUCGGUUCCGACCUCGAGCUCCCCUCGUCGCCGACCGAUCCCACGCCAUCUCCCGUAGCUACGGUGUCCUGCUCGAGGAGGAGGGCAUCGCUCUCCGUGGCCUCUUCAUCAUCGACCCCAAGGGUGUCCUCCGCCAAAUCACCGUCAACGAUUUGGCCGUCGGCAGGAACGUGGAGGAGACCAUCCGACUCCUCCAGGCCUUCCAGUUCACCGACGAGAACGGCGAGGUCUGCCCCGCCGGCUGGAUGCAGGGUGAUAAGGCCAUGAAGCCCGAGCCCAAGGCCAGUCUGGAAUAUUUCUCCGCUAAGGCUGAUGACGCUAACGGCCACGCUAAUGGCACGAAUGGCACAAAUGGCACAAAUGGCACCAACGGCACUAACGGAACUAAGCGUCAGCGGGUCGAUUAA